CCACCUUUUGGAGGCGGCCCCUCAGGGGUGGGACUCCAAGGAGAAGGGCGCGCAGCCCCUGUUAGCACCCGGAAGCUGGGUUUGAGUCCCAGCUCUGCCGGUGAAGACAUGACGUAGCUGGGAAGUCUCAGGGAGAGCAGAGACCAUGUCUGACACGGAAGAGGUGGCGGAGGAGUACGAAGGGGAGCAGGAAGAAGCAGCUGUGGAAGAGCAGGAAGAGGCAGCGGAAGAAGAGGCAGGAGAAGCAGAGGCUGACGGAGAGGCAGAGCCCGAGGAGCCCCAUGCAGAAGAAGACGGACAAGAGGCGGAAGCUAAGGAGGCUGACGAUGGCCCGGUGGAGGAGUCCAAACCCAAGCCCAGGCCUUUCAUGCCCACCCUGGUGCCACCCAAGAUCCCCGGGGGAGAGAGAGUAGACUUCGACGACAUACACCGGAAGCGCAUGGAGAAGGACCUGAACGAGCUGCAGACGCUGAUCGAGGCUCACUUUGAGAACAGGAAGAAGGAGGAGGAGGAACUCGUUUCCCUCAAAGACAGGAUCGAGAAGCGGAGGGCGGAGCGGGCAGAGCAGCAGCGCAUCCGCAGUGAGAGGGAGAAAGAGCGACAGGCGCGCAUGGCGGAGGAGCGGGCCCGACGGGAGGAGGAGGAGAACAGGAGGAAGGCGGAGGACGAGGCCCGCAAGAAGAAGGCUCUGUCCAACAUGAUGCAUUUCGGAGGCUACAUCCAGAAGGCCCAGACGGAGCGGAGAAGUGGGAAGAGGCAGACGGAGCGGGAAAAGAAGAAGAAGAUCCUGGCGGAGAGGAGGAAGGCGCUGGCCAUCGACCACCUGAACGAAGACCAGCUGAGGGAGAAGGCCAAGGAGCUGUGGCAGAGCAUCUACAACCUGGAGGCGGAGAAGUUCGACCUGCAGGAGAAGUUCAAGCAGCAGAAAUACGAAAUCAAUGUUCUCCGAAACAGGAUCAACGACAACCAGAAAGUCUCCAAGACCCGCGGGAAGGCCAAAGUCACAGGGCGCUGGAAGUAGAGGCAGCCGCCUCCUUCAGCACAGACCUGCUCCGCGCUGUGUCCCUGCCCUGCGUGCCCCCAGCUCCUGGGGCCCUCCCGCCACGGGGGGCAGCUCCGGUCUGGACACCAGGAGUUGGCCCCGCCGGAAGCCGCCGCUCAUGCCCGCACCCCACAUGCCCACAGCACGCCAGUAAUAAAAGCCACCGCACACGGAA